AUGUCAUAUAAGGAUCUUUUGACAGUAAAUGGAGAGCCUUGUAGUACUUUCAGAGAGUCCGUAGAAAAAAGAGGAUUAUCGCACUGUGAUAAUAGCUUGAUAGAGUGUAUGUCUGAGGCCGCAAGUUACCAAAUGCCAUAUAGUUUACGACGUUUAUUUGCUACGUUACUGGUAUAUUGUGGUCCUGCCAACCCCAGAAAAUUAUGGGAACAAUUUGAAGAAUCGAUGAUUGAAGACUAUAAAGUGUUACAAACUAUUGAAAGAAGAGAAAUUCGAUAUCAAGCUCUGAACCAUAUCAAUGACAUUUUACAUUCCAUGGGUCAUGAUGUAAAUGAGUAUGAACUUAUUUCAGAAACUAUCAGGCCUUCUACGACAGCAAAAGAGGCAAAAGAGAUUCAUUUUGGAAGAUCUAUUAUUGUUAGCGAAGAUGACGUAUUGUUGCAUAGGAAAUUAAACAAAAAUCAAUUGAUUGCAUAUAAUGUGAUUACUGAAAGGAUAUUUUCGAAUAAACCAGGUGCAUUUUUCGUAGAUGGUCCAGGAGGAACAGGGAAAACUUUUUUGUACCGUGCUUUAUUAGCAACUGUACGAUCCAUGGGAUAUAUAGCUUUGGCAACAGCUACUUCUGGUGUUGCUGCUUCUAUUCUCCCAGGAGGACGUACUGCACAUUCACGUUUCAAAAUUCCUAUUGACAUCGAUGAAAAUGCCAGUUGUAACAUUAGCAAAGAAAGCGCACUUGCAGGUUUAAUCCGAGAUGCAAAAUUGAUUGUAUGGGAUGAGGUAUCUAUGGCCAAAAAAAGAAUGUUGGAAGUUUUUGAUCUACUCUUAAAAGAUUUGAUGGAUACAAAUGCAUUAUUUGGCGGAAAAGUUGUUGUUUUAGGAGGUGACUUCAGACAAACUCUUCCUAUUGUGCGCUACGGAAAAAAAGAAGAUUUCAUCAACGAAAGUUUAUUAUAUUCUAGCAUUUGGAAUAAACUUGAAAAAUUAAAAUUAUCUGAGAACAUGAGAGCAAAAAUAGAUCCUGCAUUUUGUGAUUAUUUGUUAAGAAUUGGAAAUGGACAAGAACGAGUCAAUUCAGCAAACAAGAUUGAAAUUCCAGAUUCUUUGAUUAUUCCUUACACAACCGAAAAAGAAUCCCUCGAUAAACUAUUCACAGCGACAUAUUCAAAUUUGGAUUCGUUAUGCUCUAAUUCAUUUUGUACAGAUUCCCGUGUGAUCUUGACAACAAAAAAUGAUUUCGUCGAUGAAAUUAAUGACAUGCUUAAUGAUCGAUUUACUGGAAAAUCAAAAAUAUUUAUUGGCACCGGUGAAGCUAUCGAAUUUAAUAACCAAACACAAUUUGAAGAUCUACUACACAUUUUAAAUCCUCCUGGUUUGCCCCCUUAUAAAUUAUGUUUGAAAGAGAAUUGUCCAAUUAUAUUAUUGCGAAAUUUAAAUCCAUGUGAAGGUUUAUGUAAUGGCACGCGAUUGACUUGCUGUAAUUUUAAAAGCCAUGUGAUCAGCGCUAAGAUUACGACAGGUGAUUUCAAAAAUAUGCACGUGUUUAAAUCCAGAAUUCCAUUAUUAUCAUCGCAGGAUGAAAAAAUGCCUGUGCAAUUUAAAAGAACGCAAUUUCCUGUUCGACUAUGCUAUGACAAUAAAUAA